AUGUCUUCCUCCACCAGCAAGGUGCUAGUGACCAUGCCACGCCAGACGAUGCGAGGCCAUACCCACUGGGUAACAGGUGUUGUCCAUCUGCCCAGCGAACGACGCAUGAUCACAUGUUCGAUAGACGGCUCACUCCGACUGUGGGACCUACAGAGCGGUGCACAGAUAGGUGAGGACUGGCGAGAUCAGAAUAACGAAAAAGUGUGGGCUAUGUCAUUGUCUCCGAACAACAAGACGGUUGCAAGUGGAAGCGGCGGGAAAGUGAAGUUAUGGAACAUCGAGACAAAGAGUGUCAUCGCCAAAUUGACGGGACACAGCGUUACUGUGCGUGCGUUGUGCUGGAGUGCAAAUGGUAAGCAACUAGCGAGCGGAUCCUGGGACGGGAUGGCAAGAGUCUGGGAUGUUGAGAGCGGCGAAACUGUCCUGAGAAUAUAUACCGGACACAAUUGGGUGUGGGCGGUGAUAUACUCGCCCGAUAACGAAAAAAUAGCGACAGGCGGAAGCAACGGUGUUCACGAGGAUGGAUCGGUCAAAAUCUGGGAUAGCAAGACGGGCGAGCUCAUCACCACACUCAAUAUUCACGAUUCCAUAGUUUUUAGCUUGGCGUGGACGUCGGAUGGGAAGAAGCUUAUCUCCGGUUCAUUGAACCUGAUUAGGAUAUUCGACACAGCCACUUGGGAGCAGAUUGCCAUUCUUUGGGGUCACACAAGCUAUGUUGACACCCUUUCCUUGUUUGCGAACAACCGCCUCCUUGCAAGUGCAUCUAGGGAUGGAUCAGCCCGUCUAUGGAAUCUCGACACCAAUUUUCCGAUCGGGCCACCCCUCCAGCAUGAAGAUAAUGUGCACUCCGCCGCCCUUUCUGCCGAUGGAAAAGUGCUGGUCACUGGCUGCGAAAACGGAAAUGUGUACACAUGGGAUAUUCACGCCAUCGUCAAAGAAGCUGGCCUUGAUGACCUACUGUCCACUGGUACCAAUAUUGCACCAAAAGACAGACUUGAACAGCCAGCAUCUCAAAGCAAUCCAGGAAUAGAGCGAACCCCCUGCUCUUCGCUCAGCGGCAAGUCAUUUUUGGAAGCUGAUGCCACGCGAUGUCACAACGAGUUUGGAGGUUAUGUCGAUGAACUCCCACCUAGGUUUUUUGACAACAUGGAAGCCGAUGUUCAUUCCUCUCAAACGGGUGCCCACCCUCAUUCCUCUGCAAGUCCACUCCUCGCUCGCCUUUCCUUGCUCCUCCACCGCUUUCGACACGACAAUGCUGAAGCGACCGAACGUCUGCAACCGUCAACGCCUUCGCGGUUGCAUCUACAGGUGCUCCUUGCUCGCCUGUCCUCACUUAUUCACCAUUCUCCACCUGAAAAUGAUGGAGCAAAUGAACUUCAGCAACCCUCUACGCCUUCGCGAUUAGAUCUACAUGCGCUCCUCGCUCAACUGUCCUCAUUUCUUCAUCGCUCUCUACUCCACACCGAAGAAGAAACCGAACCUCAUCCCACAACACAUUCGGGUUCACGUCCAGAUGCACUCAUCAGUCGUCUAUCCUCACUCUUCCGCUCUCAAGCACACACUAACGAAGACAUCGAACUCCCGCAACGCCCAUGGCGUCCUCAUGUUGUCGAUGUGGCUCCAAUGCGGGACAGGGAGGUAUUGUUCGUUGCUCAGCGGUCGCCACCAGAUCGUUCAAACACUCAGUCUAAUGGUACUGCUACACCAGGUGCAAGGCCUACGUAUUCACUUCCCGUCCGAAUGUUGGCCCAUCUCGUGCUUUUUCUCUGCUGUGCGUCUCCUCAACACGAUGGAAAUGCACAACCCACACAACAUCAACAACAAGGUCAAUUGCAGACGCAAGCGCCGUCACUGCAGACUCAGCCAGCCGCCGCCUCGACGUCUACGACACCUACUGAUCCUGAUACUCAUACUACCGUGCCAGCAACCGCCCAGCCACGGCCCGUUCCAUUGCGGAUUCGCUUUGCUUAUUUUCUCUGUUGUGCAUCUCCCCCACAUGCAGAUGGGAAUUGA